AUGUCUUCAUCACCAGGGAGUCAGACGAAUUUCCCCAGCUCUACAUUCGACGACAACGAUAACGAUGCUCGCGAUUUGCCAGACAGCCAUGACGGACUAAAUAUUCCCUCGUCUGUACCACCAGCACAUCGGUCUUCACCGCCACCGUCAUCGAUGGGAGGACUGUAUGGGGACGAUACGGGUCCCAGUGGUCAGUCUGGUGCUACCCCAUUGUUUCCAAGCUCCUCAAUGGGCACUGCCAAUCGGAAUUCGCAGCCAAAUCAAAUGUACAGUAGUGAGAGCUUUGCAAGAGAGCGAAAUGAUAAUGAGGGCGAUUUUGAAGACGACGAUUUGCCUCUGGACGGUGUGAGGAGGCGAAAUUUGAAUACUAUAAGGAAAGUCGACGAUGUUACAGGUGAAAAAGUACGCGAAGCGUUUGAACAUUUCUUGGAAGACUUCACUUUUGAGUCCUCCGAAGACGAUGACCAGAACCAGGGUCCAGUCAGGGCAUAUCGGUCUCAAAUUCAGUUUAUGAAGAUCUACGAUCUCAGUACCAUCUAUAUCGACUACCAGCAUCUCUCCACUCGAGAAAAUGGAGUUUUGGCCGCGGCCAUUGCAGAACAGUAUUACCGUUUCAUGCCCUUCCUUCAAAAGGGCCUGAAAAGGGUCAUCCGUAAAUACGCCCCAGACCUUCUGUUGACGUCCGAUUCGGUGGUAGGGUCUCAAAACACUGAAAAUCUAAACACACAAACUUCUGCAGGCUUCGACUCUUUGCCCCAAGAUAGCCAGUCUACAGGUGCAACAGGCAACAGAACCGGAAACUCUAGCUCCGGACUUGCCACGGGUGGAUCCACUACCAGCUCGCCAGAACAGGCCGAGCGCGUGUUUCAAAUUAGCUUUUUCAACUUACCAACAGUACAUCGGAUCCGUGACGUGAGAGCCGAGAAAAUCGGCUCUUUGAUGACGAUCUCUGGAACAGUAACUAGAACGUCAGAAGUUCGCCCUGAGCUUUUCAAGGCUAGUUUCACCUGUGAGAUGUGUCGUGCAGUGGUUGACAAUGUCGAACAGGUUUUCAAAUAUACCGAGCCUACUUAUUGUCCAAAUCCUUCUUGCGAGAAUCAGGCGUUUUGGACUCUCACAAUCGGGAGGUCGAAGUUUCUAGAUUGGCAGAAAGUUAGAAUUCAAGAGAAUGCUAACGAAAUUCCCACAGGCUCUAUGCCGCGGACAAUAGAUGUGGUACUGCGAGGAGACUGUGUUGAGAGAGCCAAGCCAGGUGAUAGAUGCAAAUUUACUGGUACCGAAAUUGUGGUCCCUGACAUCACUCAAUUGGGGCUGCCUGGCGUUAAACCCAGCGGGUCCGCGGAUAACAGAGGCAUGGCAAGAAGCUCGGAGGGCCUUAACACAGGUGUCAGUGGAUUGAAAACCUUAGGUGUUCGCGAUUUGACAUAUAAAAUCAGUUUUUUAGCCUGCCAUGUCAUAUCCACAGGACAGAACAGCGGCCCAGGAUCAAACAACCACGAAGAAAAUUCAGACUUGCUCAACAUGCAGAGUAUUAAUGUCGAUAAUGAUGGAGAAAGAGACCAGGAAGUAUUUUUGAACAGUUUGAAUUCCCAGGAGAUCAAUGAACUUAAGGAAAUGGUUAAAGACGAGCAAAUCUACGAUAAACUGGUGCGAUCAAUUGCACCUGCGGUGUUCGGUCAUACAACCGUUAAGAAGGGUAUCCUGUUGCAAAUGCUGGGCGGGGUUCAUAAGACCACCGUGGAAGGAAUCAAUUUAAGAGGUGACAUCAACAUUUGCAUUGUGGGAGAUCCAUCGACAUCCAAGUCUCAAUUUUUGAAGUACGUGUGUGGAUUUGCUCCAAGAGCUGUGUAUACAUCUGGUAAAGCCUCGUCUGCAGCGGGUCUGACCGCGGCAGUGGUGAAGGACGAAGAAGCCGGAGACUUCACCAUCGAGGCAGGUGCUCUUAUGCUGGCAGACAAUGGUAUCUGCGCCAUUGACGAGUUUGAUAAAAUGGACAUUUCCGAUCAGGUUGCUAUUCAUGAAGCUAUGGAGCAACAGACUAUAUCGAUCGCUAAAGCGGGUAUCCAUGCCACGUUAAAUGCGCGGACGUCAAUUUUGGCCGCAGCGAACCCGGUGGGAGGGCGUUACAACCGGAAGUUAACACUGAGGGGAAAUCUUAACAUGACGGCACCUAUUAUGUCGCGGUUCGACCUUUUUUUCGUGGUGCUGGACGACUGCAACGAGAAGAUCGACACUGAACUUGCCGCGCACAUCGUGGACCUCCACAUGAAGCGAGACGACGCCAUCGAUCCUCCGUUCACCCCAGAUCAGCUGAGACGGUACAUCAAGUACGCCAGGACUUUCAAGCCAAUCCUAAAUCAGGAAGCCCGCGCGUACCUGGUGAACAAAUACAAAGAAUUGCGGAAGGACGAUGCGCAGGGCUUCAGCAAGUCGAGCUACAGGAUCACUGUGAGACAGCUGGAGAGUAUGAUCAGACUGUCGGAGGCUAUUGCUAGGGCCAACUGUGUGGACGAGAUCACGCCCAACUUCGUGGCCGAGGCCUUCGAGUUGUUGCGACAAAGUAUCAUCCGCGUGGACGUGGAGGAUGUCGAUGUCACUGGAGAGUCCGACGACGAAAACGAAGUCGCUGCUCAGAGGGACUCUUAUGAGAGUCCCGAGAGUCGUCCUGAAGGCCCCUCCGAAAACCGUGACGAAAACCGUCCUGAAAACCGUCCUGGCGCGCGCGAUACCGCGUCCAGAGACAAAGUCACUAUUUCCUACGACAAAUACGCGGCCAUGAUCAAUCUGAUAGUCCAGAAAGUCGCCCAAGAGGACCGCGACGGCGGUGCAGAGCUCACCGCCGCCGAUAUCGUUGAUUGGUACCUACUCCAGCGUGAAGCAGAACUCAACAGCGAGGCAGAAUACUGGCAAGAGCGCAAGCUGGCCUUCAAGGUCGUCAAGAGACUCGUAAAGGACAAGAUUCUCAUGCAAGUGCAUGGAAACAUGCAAGCGUUGGCUGAGCACGAGUCGGCUCAUCCUACAUCCGAAAAGAUUGUCUACGUUAUCCAUCCAAACUGUGCUGUUCUCGACAACAUUGUGGGUUCGUCUAACGAACAACAGCGGUAA